GGGAACGCGUUACCCGUGACUCAGUGUACACGAUGCCACGGCUUGGCUGCGAUAGACCACGUACCACGUAUAUACGCCCUUCUUUCUCCACGUUUUUUCCACGCUCGUGUUACCACCGCGACCGCGUUUACAUUGUCGCGUUUUCUUAACACGCGGUCACCGCGGCACACGUGACAUCUCACCGCUGUUUCGACGCCCGUCGUCGUUGCGCGGUGUAUCAGGGGACCAAAGUGUGUUGUUCGCGACAAAGAGAAGGCGCGACGUCCGAUGCCGUCGUCGGUACAACGGCCCACCCUCCCUCCACCGCGGCAGACAUCAAUUUUCAACCGAUAAACUGGGGGGGAAAAACAGCGGAACAGCAACACGUAAACAGUCCUUGAAGGAAUGACCGUACAUUUGGUGCUGGAGGAGGAUCGACAAAGGAUCGACGCGGACCGUCCGUUCGGCGAACGCGAUAGGACUGUAUUGUUAUGGUGUACAAAAGAACUGACUGUAAAGAAGAAGAGAUCGCUGCGUGUAAAUAUAGAGUUCGACCAUGCAACAUUGGUACGCUGGUCGCCGGAUGGCAAGGCUUUUAUCAUACACAAAGCUGUUGCGAACGCUAUAGAGGUCUACAAGAUUUCGAAAAAAUCGGAUGGCACUCUGGCUUCCGCGACAAAAGCAUUAGAAUUCCCAAAACGACAUACUGAAGAGGUAGUAGGCAUGGAUAUUGCAAGCACAGGAAAAUAUAUCAUCACAUGCAGCAAAGCAAACGAUCUCGUGAUAUGGGAUCUCAAGGGUCAGAUUCUAGCAAGCAUAGAAUUUUAUCUGGGAUUCAUUUACCGUGCACGUGUGUCGCCCUGCGGCCGUUUUGUCGGCGCCUCUGGGUUCACGCCGGACGUAAAUAUAUUCGAAGUAUUGUUCACUAAAACUGGAGACUUUCAAGUGAAUAAAGCCUUCGACCUCGCCGGUCAUUCAUCAGGAAUAUUAGACUUCGAUUUCAGCGCCGACAGUAGUUACAUGACUACCGUAUCGAAAGAUGGAACAUUCCGGUUAUACGAUACGAAAAUUGAAUUUGCGAAAGGAGAGGAUCCACACUUGCUUUUAACCGGAACGUGGGAGAGCGCAGCAACAGCUAAAGUCGCGCUAUCCCCUAACACUGAGGUUUUGGCAAUAGCUCAUGGAUCCUCGUUAAGUUUUUACUCCACCAUUGAUGGCUUGUUAGAUAAUACUAUAGAAGAUAUUUUUAUGGGUCCCAUAACGUGCCUAGCUUUCGACGCUUUGGGAGAGUACGUCUUGGUCGCUGGCGAUAAACAUAUAAAGGUCUUCCACAAUAUUACCGGUUAUCGAGUGGCGAUCGAAUCCGCGAAACGUAAGCUUGCACAGAAGCAAACGUCAGCGACGAAGGAACGCCUGGAGAAACUCAUCGUCGACAACAUGAAAUUUCUUGACGAGAUGGGAGAACCAUUCUCUCAAUAAAUCGAUCGCGAAGUUCCUCCCGUCGAAGGCGAAUAAUUUUUGAGAUUGAAAGUGCAUUUAAAGCAGCAUUAUCACUUGUGCAAAGAAAGAUUGUUUGUAACAUAAUUUUUUAAUGUACUUGAAUA